AUGCCAACAAAGGACACGACUCCCAAAGUUUGCUCGAGAGCCAGACCCCCGGCGAUUUCAGAGAGGGGUGUCAGAGCGGAGGAGCCACAAGAAGACUUGGCCGGGUUAAGGUUUGGGAAGUCACGAGGCGAGGCAGGACCUCUACAGUUAGCUAUGCUGAACAAGGUCCAAGAAUUAACAGAUACAAGGUCAGAGGUCCCUCCAGAAGGAUCUCAAGGACUCGAGCCCCAACCCAAAUAGCCGGCCAUGAUACUGGAUCAGAGGUUCCCCUGGAUGUGGGUCCUGGGCCUGGGCCUUCUGGCCACAGGAGCAUCUCCACAGCAGAUGCACACCCCGCUCGUGACGGAUCCCAAAUUUAUUGAGGAGUGCGUCAACAUCCACAAUGAGCUGCGGGAGCGGGUCUCCCCGGAGGGGGCAGACUUGAAAUUCAUGACUUGGGAUACCGCUUUAGCAAAGACUGCUAGAGCAUGGUCAAAGAAAUGUAUUUUCCGACAUAAUACUUAUAUAGGCAAGAAACAUGCAUGCCAUCCUUUUUUCAAAAACAUAGGAGAAAAUUUAUGGAUGGGUGACCUAACCGAAUAUGUUCCCAAGUUGGCUGUUACUGCUUGGUACAAUGAAGGCAAACAUUUUGAUAUAGGCAACAAUGCAUGUUCAGGAGUCUGUGGCCAUUUCACACAGGUUGUUUGGGCCGAAACCUAUAAAAUUGGCUGUGCUCUUAGGCUGUGUCCUAAUUUAGGAAAAGAUAUUGCAAUAUUUGUAUGCAAUUAUGCUCCUCCAGGAAACUUGGUUGGAAGGAAACCUUAUACGCAAGGAAACUCAUGCACUGCUUGUGCGAAAGGAGAUAUUUGUGAAAAUAGGCAAUGCAGAAAUACAACGCGUGAACAAAUUUUAAGUUACCCAUAUUGGAAUCCAAGUUGGGAAUUUCCUCGUCGGAUUACAUGUAAUCCAUUCUGUCAAACUUAUGUGAUAAUUAGAUUGGUAGGAUUGGCAGGAUCAGUUUUAUGUGUUUUUGUUCUACAAAUAAUAUAUCCAGGCAUGCAUUUAGAGCCUAAUUUAUGA